UCCACACGCAGAAGGGCGUACACAAGUCGCAUGAAGCAAGCGACCACUUGAAGGCGACAAGUCGGUUCGAGCACUGUUGAACACACAUGCCAUGCAACGUCCCCUGGUCUUGUGGUCGACGACAAGUACGGAUUUUCCCAUUCAACCUCGCCGCGAUGGCUAUACAUACGUCGUUCUCGGCUUCUACCGCAUUGCGCACGCGUGGGCUGAGGAGCAACCUGCGCAAAAUGCUCAUGGUAGCGUCGUGCGAUACAAGUUCGCCUUCCAGUGGUGCGAAGAACAAGGCGCGCCUUGGUGGACUCAGAGCUCCAUUCCGCCAGAUGUCCACAGCGAAAGCAAAGUCUUUGGUAAAGACGAAGAAGCUGUGAUUACGAUCGCACCGCAGCCGACUCUAGACACAUGUGCCGCGGCGGAUGUAUGCUCACUGAAGAACACGAGGGGCCCAUUGCGAGUACGUCAACCUGCAGAACGAUGUCCUACCUGGUUGUUACGAGCAUGUGGGCGAAGGCCCGCUCCGUCUUACCUGUUCAAUGUGUGAACAAUCUUCGCCAAUGGUAUAUGCCGAGCAGUGGAUGUGUCUGUACCGAAAGUGCCUGGGCUUCUGGAGAAGCGCACAAGGCCAUGCUCCAACACA